CCGCUAUUGUCAAAAUGUCAAAUUUGACAAUUAGAAUUAAUCCUGUACAAUUUCGAAAUUGGAUCUGACUACUCAUCAUUUAAAAUCGAAACGAAGACGAACACCGAAUACAGCAAUGAUUGAAACAUGUUCGAAAAAAUGCAUGUUGUUGGGAACAGUUGCUUUAGGAAUAUUGACUCUCGUAAUCCUGGUUUUGGAAUCACACUUGGCUGAAACAUUAUCUGGCAGUAGCAGAAUGAAGAAUAAAACAUUUCCUUCUGAAAAUAAUUCUACUUGCUGGAUGCAUCAGCCUUACAAAAUCAUCAAUGAAUGCCAUCCUUGCUCAGACUUUGAAAUCAGAAGUAAAAGCAUAGGAGUUUGUAUUCAUACAAGCUUUAAGGAAAUAUUGAAGUGUGAAAAUGGUGAAACAGUAACAAGAAGCUGUGAUCGUGUUGCAUAUUUAGAAGAGAGAGCAUUUUGGAAAUUUACUAUAUGGUCAUUUGUAUUGGGAACAAUAUCAUCUAUAGCUGUUAUGUUACGGAUGAGGGUUUUAAACCACAGGGCUAAAAGACGAGCAAGACAAGUGUUAGCAAAUGGAUCUUUAUAAAUAUUUAAAAGUCAGACCCAUGCAAUGCUACGAAGUUUUUUUAUGAUAUAGAACUCGCUAGGCGAUUCAGAGGCACUGAAGGUGUUAAAGACACAUAAUAAUCACUAAACAGUAUUCAAUGUUAGUAUGACAACAAUAAAAAAGUAAAUUUAAAUAACA